AUGGCCGCAGGGCUGGCAGCAAGAGGGGACAGUGCAUUGUUCCCAGACACCCUGAUUAAUCCUCGGCGUCGCCCCUCUGACACGGAUGACUCGAUCCCUGCAAAACGCCCAAGAAGGGUGUCGGAUUCCCCAGUCAAACCCUCCAAUGGACCGCGUCAGAAGAUCACGCGCGCCUGUGAUCACUGCAAAGAAAAGAAGACGCGCUGUACGGGAACGCUUCCAUGUGUCAGGUGCAUGCGACUGGAUCUGCCCUGUCGAUAUAAUGCCGCUUACUCCCGGGGGUUGCCACCAGAGCCUCUCCCCGCACCGCCGUCAAUAGCGGACGGCCACGCAUACAGUCCCGGUGCCAAGAGAGGGCCCCAGGCAGACGGAAGCCUGGGACACCGCCGCUCAUCAUCCGCGCGACAGUCUCCUAGGGUACCUGUCGGUUCGCCUCAGCAAUCUAAAGCUCGAAAUGAGGUCUCCCAGCGCAAUUCCCCUGACCCAGCGGUGACCGACUUCGAAGGCAAUUAUCUAGGACCGGCCUCGGGGGUCUCCUUUCUCAACCGAGUAUGGCGUCGCCUACAUCAGGAUGAAGUACAUGCCAUUCCAGAUGGCCUGGAGAAUGAGUCCUCCCCCAGGAACACCUCGGUGUUCAUGUUUGGUGACAAGCCAUACUCAGACUACCGCGAGGUUACUUUCUCACUUCCCCCGUUUGAUAAAGCGCAAGAGCUGGUGUACCUAAACAACGUCUCCUCUGCAAACCCUCCAACGGGUCCCAUGGUAGUGCGGACGGCCAUCAUCCUCAUGAUUUUUGCUGUCGGCACGCUCUAUGAGGAGCAAAAACCGGACCGUUCGGUUGAUGGGUGGUGUAGAAGCGAGCAGUGGUAUGCAGCCUCCAAAUACAUGACCUCCCUGGAAUCGGGGCCCCCACGACUUGAGACCGUGCAGGCUAGGCUAGGUCAGUGCCUUUACUUGCUGUCUACUUCUAGAGCAAAUGAAUGCUGGUAUUCAUUUGGCACUGCUCUUCAGCUCGUAACGGCCCUGGGCCUGCAUCGAAAAUUCCCAGGUAGGCUACCUAAGUGUGGAAAUACCUAUCUGGAUCGAGAGCUCCGCAAGCGUCUUCUCUGGAGCGCAUAUAUGUUGGACAGGUAUCUCAGCGUGAUGUUCGGGAGGCCGCGAUUAUUACACGAUGAAGACAUCGAUCAAGACCUCCCGGAUGAAAUCAAUGAUGAAGACAUGCUGCAGGAGGACCCGGAGAGACGCACUGGGUCCGCCGAUUGCAUGAUGAUUGCGUCCAUCCUACAUUUCAAGCUUGGUCGCAUUCUGGGCGACAUCUCUCGACAGCUCUACACAGUGAAUCCAUCGUCUCGGAGUCCACCACUUGAGACGGCUGCCCGGCUCACGUCCCGAUUAGAGGAAUGGAAAGCGACAGCCCCGCCACUUUUCAACGGAGUGCGCGCAACCAGCCUCAUUCCCCCUCUUUGUAGGCAGAGCCAGGUGUUACAACUGGCUUACUCGCACGCGGUCAUCCAUGCGACCAGAUCGUUUCUGCUGAACGACAUGUCAGAUCUGAGACGUAGGCCGUCAACCCCGCAUCCCGUAGCGUCCAACCUCGUGCACAAAUGUGUGGAAGCCGCUCAAGAGGUCAUGGAACUGGUAGACGGCCUGGCCAAACAGAGCAUCUUGAUCCAUUCAUUCUGGUUCACGCACUACGUGUGCUUCUGCGCAAUCACAGUGGUUUAUAUCUAUAUCAUCCAACAACACCGCGAAACCAAUCCAAAGACUUCAUCUUCAGGCACCGGAGACGCCUCUUUGAGCUCUCUCUUCAGAUUGGCAGAGACGUGCCAACAGCACUUGGCAGAGGCUACGCGUAAGAACUGUCCGAGCCGCCGCUACAGCAUUAUCCUAGAAGAGCUACGAAAGGAAGUCCACCAACAGAUUGGGCCGGACGCCGACUGCUUGGUUGAUUCGUCUGAGCAACAGCGGCUCAAACCUGCCACACGUCGGGAUGAACUACCAACAGAAGCGCAGCAGAUCGGUCUCAACAGCAUCUAUUCCCCUAUUUCACUGGAUAGCUCUGUGGCUUACUCGGGUAGUCUGCAACCGGCGGCAGAUCUUGCAGCACAGCCGUUUGAACCUGAUAGUGAUAUCGGAUUCAUUGAGAACUUGGAGGGAUCAGUGUGGUGGACACAGUUGGACUCUUGGCAUUAG